AUGCAACUACAAAUAUUUCUUAUUUUAUUUUGCAUUGUUACAAUAUUUUUUAUUGAAUUAAAUAAUGGUGCAUCAACAAAAAAUACUACGACAAAUAAACCAUCAUCUAAUAAAAAGGAGAAGACUUCAACGAACGCAAAUUUUAUUCAAAGGCAAAUUAUUCUGGGUGGUCAUACACCAUGGACUACAGAGAUCAAACCAAAACAUAAAAAAAUCUUUAAUGAUUAUAAAAAUAUAACAUUUAAAAAACUUCAAGAAGUUCAUAAAAUACCAAAUUCAUUUGAUCUUAAACCAGAGAAAUAUUCCACACAAAUUGUUGGUGGAAUUAAUUAUCUUUAUUUAAUAAAAUUACCUAUAAAUAAAUAUGCAUUUGUAUCAAUUCAUCAUCGUAUAUGGAAAAAAGAUCAUUAUGGUAAAGAAGAAAAUGUUCACGUACGACCACAAACAUAUGAAUUAAAUGAUAAAAAUAUUUGA